GGCAGGUGUUCUUCAGGUAGGGCUGGGGCGAGGCAGCCCCCACUUCAUGUCAUGCCUGCUGGAGGACUGAUCCGCUAGCGAGUCAAUGUAUGAUGUCAUAUCCUCUAAACUUUUGUGGCAGGAAGGGGAAUGAUAGAAAAUGUCUUCUUCCUCUCACACUCUUCUCCUUACCUGUGAUGGGGCAAAAGAUGCCUGUGAGCUCUCCUCAAGAGAAGGCACACCAUUUUUGGACUAUGCGCUUUUGUAAUUGUUCAAGAUUACUGCCUGUCUGAUUUUCAUCACUGGAGCUGUUGAAUCCUGGCAAGACUUAUAGCACCUCUCUCCGCGUGGCAGGAUGCCGUGCCUUCACCACCUUCGCAGAGCUGCCUGGCUCCUCUCUCUCUGCCUCCUCCUGGCGCAGUCCCACCUUCGCGCUGCUGCGCUCCCCACUGGAAGGGGGCAGGAGGAGGAGGCCCGCCCAGGCGGCGACAACGACCGCGAGUCCCCCCAGCCUGAAAACUCUCCAGCCGGCCGGGGGAUCCUGCCGGGACCCCUCGGCGCCGAAGACCAGAAGCGGGGCGGCUCCGACGAAGGCGACCUCUUUCAAGACGUGGACCCCAAGGCCUUGGCCGCGGUCCUCCUGCAAGCGCUCCAGGCCGAGGCCGACAAGCCCAGCAGCGGCCAGAGCCUGAACCCGGAGCCCAGCGCCAACGAGGAGCGGGUGCGCAGCGAGACCAAGAGCUCCGACGCGCAGGAGCAGCCGGAAAAGAAGGCGCAGGGGCCGCGCUGGGAGGCGGGCGAAGACGGAGGCCGAAAGCAAGACGGGCUGGAGGAAGAGGGCGAGGCUGGCGAGAGAAGCUUCGGGCAGCAGGAGCUGGACGCCCUCAAGUCCAUGUUGGAGGAGCUGCAGCGCUACAGCUCGGCCGCCAAGAGGGCGGAGCCCCCCCAGGGCCCGCCGGCCCCCCAGGAGCGGGACGACGUCCUGAAGGAGCUGGAGGAGUACGAGCGGCUGAGGGCGCACGCCAAGCGCAGCCCGGCGGCCCCGGGAGCAGAGCCCUGGGACGGGGCGCGCAAGCUGCGCCAGCAGCAGCACCUGGAGCACCAGCUCCUGCAGAGGCGCUACGAGGAGCUGGCCGAGAGCCGGCGCCAGGCGGAGGAGGCGCGGAGGGCGGCGGCCGAGGAGGAGCGCCUGGCGGACAUGGCCUCCGACCUGCUGCUCCAGUACCUGCUGAAGGACGGCGAGGAGGAGGAGGAGGAGGACGGGCGCCAGGGGGCCAACGCGCAGGAGGAAGACGAGGACGACGAGGAGGAGGAGCAGCCGCAGCGGAGCGGCAUCCGCCGCAAGGGCAGCGGGCUCCUCUUCGAGGACGAGGAGGGCAACGUGGCCGAGGACAAGCGCUCCAACGAGGCGCCCGUCGAGGAGGAGGACGACGACGAGGAUGACAUCGACCCCAACACCAUCGACCGCCUGAUCGAGCUGUCCAGCAAACUGCACCUGCCCGCCGACGACGUCAUCGACAUCAUCAACAACGUGGAGAAGAAGAAGAAGGAGGUCCCCGAAGUGGCCCCCGCGGGAAGCAAGGCCAAAGGGCCCGGGGCCCCUCCGCUGCCGCCGCCGCCGGCGCGCAACAAGCCCAAGAAGGCGCCCGCCUACGCCGUCUACCGCCCGGAGCCGCGGCCUCCGCAGAAGCCCUACUACCCUCCGGCGGACUACAAGUCCUACCACCACCGCCGCCUCCCCAAGCAGAACGAGGCGGCCUGGAACGAGGUGCUGAAAGGGGACGAGUAUCCGGCACCCAAGUGGUACCCGGCCCGGCCCAGCGGAGGCAGCAGCAGCGGCGGCCACAGAGGAGGAGGCGGCGGCGUCAGCAACUACGCGGGCAGCAACAAGAUCUCCAACUACAUCAACCCGCGGACUUUCCAGCCUCCGCCCUACGCGCGCUUCCGCGGCCCGCUCCCCGGCCCCGUGGUGCCCCGGGAGGAGUUCUACGACGACGGCCCGGCUCGCGAGGAGGACGACGGCGGCGAGGACGAGGAGCUGCAGAACUACAUCGAGACGAUGCUGAUGAAGCGCCCCAAGGCUUUCCAGUGAGAGCCGCCGGGGGUCCCCUCCGCCCCUCUCCUCGCCCCCCGCCCAAAGAAACUUUGCCAUCCGCCGUGUUUCCGACAUGAAAUUCAGGUUCUUGCAUGAGUCAGGAGAACAGAGUCUCCCCCACCGAGCGAAAGGGCCACGCGGAGGACGCCCGGUUGCGACCCCACCCUCCUCCUCCUCUCAGCCAGCUGCCUGGUUGCCUCCUCACCCCCCCCCGGACACCAAGCCGCCGCCCCCCUGCCCACACGCUCAUCAGGUGCGCAUCUCACAUACCUGGCCUCCAGAGGGGAAUGAAAGCUGCCGCGGAGCGUUCAGACAGAGGGACAACUCUUUUUCCGCUGCAGUGAGUCAAGUCGGAGCUCCCCAUGCAGCCAUGGGGCAGGACCCGCCCCCCGCCUGUCCCAGCUGUACAAAACAGCAGGCAGCAACCCUGUCAAUGCAAAAUUGUCAAGGACCCCCCCCCUUCCUGGCCUCUCCUUCCUCGGGGGCAGCCUCAAAGCAAGCAGUCCAGGUGUAACGCUGAAAAUCCUAAGGGGUUUUCAGUUGAAACCGCCCCCUCUGUCUGGAUCUCCCUCCUGCCCCCUUUGGAAAUAGCC